AUGGGUGUACGGGGACCGCUUCCCAACGCAAGGCUUCAAGUUGGCGGCGAGUGGCCAAAGCGACAAUGCGCUGCGCGUUGUCGUAUUGGACGUGAACGGUGGCACAUCUUCGUCGCUUUUAUCGGAUUGCGGCGGACAACCAGCAGAGCUGCAGUGUGUAGACUUUGGCGUCGACCGUCAAAAGAGAAUCUUCCCUCUUUGGAGUGGCGGAACUUGCUGUUCACGGCAUUGCAGCCCAGCAAUCGCAGAACGGCACGAUUAAAUCCACAUGCAGUAAGGAGGAUUUAUGCCCAAACAAAACGAAAGGAGCAAAAGAAACGAAAGGAAUAUGGAGUAGAUUCCGCAGCAAAUAAUUCCCAGGCGAAAUAA